GAGCAAUCUAGAUGCCGAAGAGCGAAGCUCCUCUGCACCUGGCCCGAGGUGCGCCCCUCAGCGUCCCCGGCUCGCGGGUCGCGCGGGAUGGAGCGGGUUUGGGAGGCUGCGCCCGGAGGCCAAGCCGGGGCGGAGCUCCCAAUGGAGCCCGUGGGAAGCCUGGUCCCCGGGCUGGAGCAGCCGCAAGUCCCCGAGAAGGCGCGACAACCUGAAGGUCCCGAAAGCAGCCCGAGUCCGGCCAGGGCCAUGAAGAAGGCGGCGGGCGCAGGCCGGGAGCCCUCGAGCGAGAAGCAGCUGCCUUCGCCUCGCCCCGGGACCCCGCGCGUGCCGCCGCUCAGCCUGGGCCAUGGCGUCUGUCCCGAGCCGCCGUCGCCGGGACCCGCCUCGGUCAAGCUGCCCCGGAAUGGCGAGGCGCCCGGGGCUGAGCCUGCGCCCGGCGCCUGGGCGCCCAUGGAGCUGCAGGUAGAUGUGCUUGUGAAGCCCGUGGGCGCGGCCGGCGGCAGCCGCACGCCGUCGCCCAGGCCCUCCACGCGCUUCCUGACGGUGCCGGUGCCCGAGUCCCCCGCCUUCUCCCGCCAAGCGGACCCAUGGCACCAGCUCCUGCCGCGCACAUCGUCCCUGGGCGGCACGUGGGGACGCGGCUCGACGCUGGCUGCAGCCGGAACGGAGAGCGGCCGCGACGCUGAGGGCCGGGCCAGCCCAGUAGAAGGAAGCUCCCCGGGCUCCCCGACGUGCUGCCGCUGCAAGGAGCUGGGGCUGGAGGAGGAUGCGGCGCUGCUGCCCCGCGCGGGGUUGGAGGGCGAAGAGAAGCUGCCCCGGGCAGUAACGCUUACCGGGCUGCCCAUGUACAUGAAGUCCCUGUACUGGGCCCUGGCGUUCAUGGCUGUGCUCCUGGCAGUCUCUGGAGUUGUCAUUGUGGUCCUGGCCUCAAGAGCAGGAGCCAGAUGCCAGCCAUGCCCCCCAGGCUGGGUGUUGUCCGAGGAGCACUGUUACUACUUCUCUGCAGAAGCGCAGGCCUGGGAAGCCAGCCAGGCUUUCUGCUCAGCCUACCACGCUACCCUCCCCCUGCUAAGCCAUACCCAG